UUGGACAAUUUGCAUCCAGAUUUGAAGGUCUAUCCCUCUCGCUGUCAGUUUGAAAGACAAUGAUGACUUUGACCCGAAAACCGACACAAACUAUCUGCCUGGGUAUGUUAGUUUUUGUUAUCAGCGGAACAUGGGGAUAUCGCUCGGGACUUGAAGUUAUUAAUGUGACAUUCUGUGGAAAGUACGAUAAGCCUCCAACGUUUAAAGCUUCUCCAUGGCCUUUCUUUCCUACUGGAGUUCAUUAUAAUUUCAAUGUAACAUUUGCAUCUGCAGUAGAUGUUCUUGAAGCAUCCAUGCAAUGCGAAGUGGUCUACAACGGCAAGGUUAUUUUUUGGAAAAGAUUCGACAGUGUAUGCCAUGCGUUCCCAUACUUGUGCAGCUUACCUGCUGGUGAAACCAUAGUGUUGGCUGCAUCUGGAGAAUUGCCCGUAAUUCCUCGAUAUUUAAAGAAUCGAACCGGUACGGGGAAAAUUCAACUUUUCAAUGGAGAGGAUAUCAUGUUUCUCUGUGCUGAGAUUGAGGGCAAGAUAUGGUAA